CUCGCCCGAAGAUCCUCCGUCGUCCCUUUUAAGUUCCCAACUUUGUUUUGAAUUUUUUUUUUUUGUUAUACCCCUGCAAUUUGUAACUUCCAGAAGCAGCCAAGAUGCGAAUUAGUAGCGUCGUGACAGGGAUCUUGAUCUCAAUUACCGGCGCCAACGCCGCGGCGCACACUCCGGUCGUUUCCAGCGCUGAGGUAGCCUAUCACCGCAACUAUCUGUACGUUGGAGGCCAGUACGUGCAGGAUAGCUCGGGUGGACAUAUCUUCACUGAUCAGAUGUACGUGGAGAAGCUCACUCCGACCCAAGGUGUCACCAAGGAGCAUCCUAUUGUGUUUAUCCAUGGCCAAGCACAAACCGGAACAAAUUGGCUGAACAAGCCCGACGGUGGAAGGGGCUGGGCCUCCUACUUCCUCUCUCAGGGUUAUGAAUGCUACCUCAUCGACCAGACAUUCCGUGGCCGCAGCCCCUGGAACCCAAGCAAUGGCACCAUGAAGACCUACAGUGCUGAGAUCCUGCAGCAGCGUUUCACCGCUGCCAAGAAAUACAUGCUCUGGCCUCAGGCCGCGCUGCACACCCAGUGGAACGGCACUGGUGUGAUGGGUGACAAGGUCUUCGACACCUACUAUGCCUCCACCGUGGAGUUCUUCGGAUCUGGCACCGGCCAGCAGCACACAGUGCAGGAGGCAGGUGCAGCAUUGCUGGACCUUAUCGGUCGCCCCGUGGUCCUCCUCUCCCACUCCCAGGGUGGUCUCAUGCCCUGGGUCAUCACCGAUGUGCGCCCGGAUCUCGUCCACGCCAUCGUAUCUUUAGAGCCUACUGGCCCGCCCUUCCAGGAGGCUGUCUUCUCCAACACGUCCUCCCGGCCAUACGGUCUCACGGACAUUCCUCUGACCUUUGAGCCCGCCGUUUCCGAUCCCGAGAAGGACCUCGUGCGCCAGGUCAUCCCCAGCAACUCCACUUCUCGGUCACCUUGCGUCAUUCAGGCCGACUCUCCCGCCCCCCGCAAGUUGGUCAACCUGCAGAAGGUGCCUACUAUGGUCUUGACCACUGAGUCUUCCUACCAUGCUCCUUACGACUGGUGCACAGUCAAGUUCUUGCGCCAGGCUGGCGUGUCCACAGAGCAUCUGCAGCUGGGUGAGAUUGGCAUCCACGGUAACGGCCACAUGGUGUUCCUGGAGAAGAACAGUGACCAGGUCGCGGAGGUCAUUCAGAAGUGGAUUGAACGUCAGUAGUUGGGGGAUGGGGUGUCUCGAAAACUGUUAUGUGGUUACAUUGGAUAGCGAUAUUCAAGGUUUCACCGGGCUAGCUCAAGUACA